UUCUUCAUACAGAGUCAGGAAUACCCAGCGUGUUCCCAAGACCAUCACUCAACUGUACUCCUACUAUAUUUACAACAUCCUGAAAAACCACGGCCGUGAUAUUGAGAACCCCCGUGAUGUGUUACUCAGGUUUGGUCAGAUGGCCUUCAGAGGAGUGUCCGGGAAGAAGAUAAUAUUUACAGAUGGAGAUUUGAUCAACUGCAACCUGCAGCCUUCUCAGUUCCUGUCCGGGUUCCUGAUGGAGCUUUUGGAGAGAGAUGAUUCUCCCCGGUGUGUAGUGUACACGUUCCCAAACCUCACCAUCCAAGAGUUUGCAGCUGCACUCGCACAAUUCCUGAAUCCGCAUCUCGGGGAUAUCUUCAGAUUCCUCACUGAAGCCCACAACACGACAGAUGGACGAUUUGUGAUAUUUCUCCGUUUUGUUGCAGGUCUCUCCUCUCCAGUAGCAGCUCGAGGCCUGGUGGAGUUUCUGGGUCAAUUUUAUCAUGAGACCAUCUACCGGGUGAUUGACUGGGUGAAGGAGGAGGUUCGACGCCAGAUUGAAAACGCAGAGAGUCAAGAUAGUAAAAGGAGCCUACUGAACACAUUGCACUACCUGUUUGAGUCUCAGAAUCGUGGACUGGCUCAGGACAUAUUGGGAUCUGUGGAAACACUUUCGUUCAGUGGAAUGGCAAUGACCACGAUUGACUGCGCUGUCCUGUCUCAUGUUAUCGGACUCUGUGAUACAAUAAAACACCUCGACCUUUUUCGUUGCCGCAUUCAGUGUGAAGUAAUCCAGCGGCUCGGCCCCGGACUGUACAAGUGCCGGGAGUUGAGACUUGCGGGGAAUAAACUGGGAGAUUCAGGAGUGAAAGUGGUGUCUGCGGCUCUGAGGAACCCGGAGUGUAAAAUAUAGGAACUAGCGCUGAUCAAUGUUGGUCUCUCAGAUUCCGGUGCCGAGGAUCUCGUCUCGGCUCUCCGUGCAAACCGUUCACUGACGUUGCUGGAUCUGGCAUUAAACUCGCUCACUGACCGAUCAAUUCCUGCUCUUCGCCCCCUCAUUUUGACACACCCGAGUCUGAAUUGGAUCGGGCUGAUGGAGAAUCAGUUCAGUCAGACCGGGGAGAAGGAACUGAGAUCUAUGCAGGAACCCAGAACCGGACUGACAGUGAAAUUGUGAUCAUCUGAAUGUGUGAACAACCACCCACUCCACCACCCCCGUGGGAUGAGGACAUUUUGGCCGAUUUCACUCCAUCUCCUUUAACUCAUAGCCUCCCCUUUAACUGCCGCGUUCCAGGUUUAAUUCCCAACAGCUGUAUCACAAGCACAACCCCACACCAGCAGAGCGCUCUGUCCGUUAGAGGUGGUCCCGCAGUGACUUAUCCCGCCCCCUCUUCCAUUGCGCUGCUACCGCCGAAGGAUGGGUUCGAGAAGUCCCCCGUGGAAUCCCGGGAAAUUACAAAGACAGGAAGAGCACGGGGGAGGGAUUCAGUAUGUGACAGCAAUGUUCCGGGGUAGGAUUAUCCGGGGAGAGAAUUAUUUUGCUUACUUUAGGCAGAGGACGGUACAUUCCGCAAUCUGGCAGAUAUAAUGAUGUUAAAUUGACAAAUCCUGCGGCAGUGACCCUGGAUCUGCAGCGAUCUCGGACACAGCCCUGAAGUGUAAUUUUGUAAUCAUCGGUUCCCCGAUGCAGAGUGUCGGUGAGAAACGGGGCUGAUUAUUCAACCUGUCACUCGUUGUCGCCUGACAGUUAAUUGAUUGUGACUGUGAGAGAGGUUGCAGCCCCUGUUUGUGUAUCUGAUGUGGCUAUGUUUCAGUCCCGCGCUGGUCAUAUACGGGCACCCAGUACAGAAGGGGUCGGGUCACGAGGAGGUGUUCCUGGUAGGUUUACCCCUGGGCCGGGCCAAAAUGGUCAUUCACGGGUCCAUACGGCGGUAAUGGAGGGCUGUGCCCGUCCGACUCUUUGCCCCUCAUCCGAGAAGGCGUUCAUGCCCGGCUGUCCUUGGUCAGGGAGCAUACGGUCGCAAUGGGUUCACUGGGGGAUUUCCGGGAGCGAUGCACACCACAGGAAAUUGACUGUUUAAUAAACGGUAGUAACCAUUUUUUAAACUGAGAGUAUGCACUGCCUUGUAAAAUCUG